GUUUCCCCUCUGCGGGCUGGGAAAGGGGUCGUGGUAUUUCUGGCCUCUCCUGACUCUGUUUUCAAUUCCAAGGUGUGGCUUCUGCUCUUCUCCAGGGAGGGAACUCAGCAAGAGAAGGGGGAGGAUAAAAUGACUCUUUCGUUUUUAAAAAUCUUGUCCCAAGUGAUGACCCAGGGGUCAGUACAAUUUAAAGACGUGUUCAUUGACUUAUCUUGGGAUGAGUGGAAAUACUUAAACGCUGAUCAAAAAAGCCUAUACAAGCAGGUGAUACUGGACACCUACAAACAUAUGAUGACUUUGGGGCAAUGGGCUUUUAAAGCAAAAGUGAUGUCUUCUUUGAAGCGAGACAGUGAUGGCUGGAUGCUGAUGGUAAAAGAAGCAACAGCUGCUCCAUGCUCAGCAUGCCAGCCAACUCUGGAUUUUUCUCCUGAACUGAAGGAACCCAUGCAUGCCUUCAGACAGAGCUCACACUUGAAUGAACAGCCAAGAUAUAACAGCCUAAGGCAAAGCCAUGAGUGUGAUGACUGUGGGAUCGUCCUAAGCCAUCUCUCACACUUGGUUCAACAUAAGAAAAUUCACACAGUAGAGACACCAUACAGACAGGAUGGGUAUGCAAAGGCCUUUAGGCAUCCAUUUAAUACUUACCGAUACAUUCACGUAUUUGAGAAGCUCUUUGAAUGUAAUAAUUGUGGACAUACUUCAACGAGAGCUUCAAAAUUUAUGCAACACCAGAAAAAGCAUAUGAGAGCAAAACGACACAACUGUGAUGUGUGUGACAAGGCUUUUAAUUUUUACUCACUCCUUAUUAAGCAUCAGAGGAUUCACACUGGAGAGAAACCCUUUCAGUGUGAUGAGUGUGGAAAGGCCUUUAGCCAAAAGGGAACCAUGGAACGACAUAAAAUAAUUCAUAUGCCAGGGAAACACUUUCAGUGUAGCAGAUGUGAAGACACCUUUGACAGUCGUUCAGAGCUCACGGCACAUCGGGCGACUCAUCGGGUCACGCACACUCAAUCAUCAGUGUACAAAUGUGAAGAAUGUGGCAAGUGCUUUAGGUUCUACUCCUUUUUCAGCAGACAUCAGAGAACUCAUACUGGAGAGAAACCCUUCAAAUGCGAUCUGUGUGAAAAGAGCUAUACCCAAGAAGAUGUCUUGAAACGGCAUAAAAAAACUCACAGUGGAGAGAAAGCUUUUCAUUGUCAAGAGUGUGGGAAGAAUUUCAUCACUCACUAUGACCUUAUCAAGCAUGUAAGAAUUCAUACUGGAGAAAAGCCAUAUAGAUGUGACCAGUGUGAUAAGACCUUCAGAGUCUCAUCUAUUCUUAACGCUCAUAAAAGAACUCAUUCAGAGGCAACACCAUUUGUUUGUAAUUGUUGUAAAAAAGCUUUUAAAAGAAGGUCAUACCUUCUUCAACAUGAGAAAAUUCACAGGAAAUCGAACGUCUAAAGUCAUGGAAAUACCGAAAAGGUCUUCAGGUAUCACAUGUUCUUUACUAAACACCUGAGAAUUCAUCCAGAGACCUGGUUAUAGCUAAAUCUCUUUCCGUAUUGAUUAUAAGACUCAAUUCUUAUUCAUCAAAAUUCAUACUAAAUUAAAAAUCUUAGAAAACUAGUAUAUGAAGUUUAACAUAUUUUGCAAAGAAACACAGGAUUAUAGAGGUAUUUUCUUUUACUUUGACCAUGAAUCUUUGAAAUAUCCACCAGCAAAAUGACUGAGAAGAUUCAGCUUAGAAUUUGAAAUAAGCCAAGGCCUUGCCUCUAUCAUAGUCCCUCUAUUGAGUAGAAAGCUAAGAUGACCUCAUGUAAUAAGAAAAAAUAAUUUUAGAUUAUUAUCUUACCCAUGGAUGAAUAAAUCAGAUCAGGAAUAAAGUUUUAAAAAUAGAGGCAGUAGGGUCAACGAUAAAAAGACUUGGAGUUCCCACCGUGGCACAGUGGGUUAAGAAUCUGACUGCAGUGGCCCAGGUCACUGUAGAGGUGUAGGUUCAAUGUGGGUCCAGGGCAGUGGGUUAAAGGAUCCGGUGUUGCUGCACCAGCAGUGUCGGUGACAGCUGUGGCCUGGAUUCGAUCCCUGGCCCAGGAACUUCCAUAUGCCAUGACUGUGGCCAUUAAAAAAAAAAAAAGGAAACUGUACACCCAACCCAAGGGACGUACGUAAGUGAUGUGAACCCUAUUUCUAGAAUUAGAACCAAAGAAAAAUCCUAUCUGCAAAGGAAAAAAAAAAAAAAAAGCUUUAAUUGACUUGUUCAAUUCUGAAACUACAAUAGGGAUUGGCGGUGAGGAGUAUUAACAUCUAUAAUAUAAGUGUUGGGAAUGACAAUGUUUCUACUUUGUCAAAUAUCCGAUCUCAUGGGAUUAUUAGUCACCUUAGAUCUAUUUAGAGAAAAAUGAUGUGGACUGGCUGCAGCAGAAGGCUGUUGGCUUUCCAUUCCGAACACGGUGAACCUAUUUAUGGUAAUGUUUUACUUGAAAGUAACUAUAUUUCUUAGUGGCCUAAUAAGUAAACACAAACCUUUUGAGCAUCGAUUAUGUAGUGGAUUUCUGACACAAGGUCAGAAUCUGUCUCACACUGCUGGGUGAAUUCUUUCAACUAUUAAUGACAAAAUUCCUCUGUCCAGCCUAAGGCAGAGGGUAUAGUUUAACAAGUCUUUUGGGCCUAUUUCCAAUGCACAAUUUUGGGAAUAUGACACUCAGUUAUUCUUUAUUGCCUGUCACCCUUCUGAUAUUACUAUGUCUUCUCCUAAGAAAAUUUGGCUUUGGAUUCCCAGGUGAGCCUUGCAAGUCCAAUUCACUAAUCUUCUAAAGAGACGUACGUGACUCCCCAAGGUACUCAAACCUUGUGCCUACGCAGGACCCAUUUCACUUUGAUUGGAUUCAAGUCAGAGGAGCUGAAACUAACAGCACUUGGCUGAAAAAUAACUGAAAGAUAUUUCAGAAGUAGCAGAGAACAUAGAAAUGAGAUGAUAAACACGGUGGUGAAAAUAGACACAUUACUGGCCUAAGGGAACACACAACCUCGUAACCUAAGGAGACGAAGGAAAGACUGAAGACUAAUGUGCAUCCCACCACCUUCCCCAUCUUACUCUGGCCCCUAAAAUCCAAGGAAAAGCAAAUUAAAUGGCAUACGUAUAGUGACGACCCACAAUAACUUCCACCAGUCCAUCACUCCAAUACUUGAAUCCAAAUGACAGGAAAGAGAAUGACAGAAACUGAAUGUAAGACUGAAAAAAAACUUGUUCUGAAAAGCUGGCAUUCACUAAUAGGCCAUCAUUAGACUUCUUACAGAAAUAGGCCUCUCAUUAAAAAAAAAAAAA